AUGAAAAAGGAGUUGCAGCGAUUACUAGGCAAGAUCAAUUUCCUGCGGCGAUUUAUCUCUAACUCCGCCUGCAAAAUUCAGCCUUUUUCCCCACUGUUGAAACUGCAGGGGCAGAAUGAGUUUUUCUGGGAGCCUAAACACCAAGAGACCUUAGACAAAAUUAAGGCCUAUCUCACGAGUCCACCAGUGCUUUUUCCUCCCAGAACUGGGUUCCCGCUAAAGCUCUAUAUCUCGGCAGCUGAGGCUUCCAUUAGAAGCCUACUCGCUCAGGACGAUGAAGCCGGCAUCGAGCAUGCUAUAUUCUACCUCAGUAGAACUCUGACCGAUGGCGAAACAAGGUACACCCUAAUGGAGAAGCUGUGUCUCACGCUAUACUUCUCAGCGUGCAAGUUGCGAUACUACAUGUUAUCCUUCACUACUUGCAUCAUAGCUCAGGCCAAUCUGGUUAAAUGUAUGCUUUCGCGCCUGUUCUCAAGGGCCGCGUUGAAAGCAGUCAAGGGCCAAGCUAUCGCUGACUUCUCUGUACACCAUCCUAUGUUGGACAUACCAGCAGUGCAUGAUUUGGAGGUAGCCACAGAGACGAUCAAUCGACCGGAUUUGGCUUGCCUUCCUCAGUUUACUGAGUUAUAUCAAGCCACGGUCGCCCUCCAGCCUUGGGUACUGUAUUUCGAUGGCUCCAGAAAGGAAACAAUGGUAGGGGCAGGAGUAAUCCUGGAAAACCCAGCUAGAGAUCAUUUUCCAUACUUCUUCCAAUUGGAGUUCCAUUGUACUAAUAACCAGGCAAAAUAUGAGGCCCUCAUUAUAGGCCUAGAGGUGUUACUGGAGCUAGGGGUCAGAGACGUCCAGGUUCGCGGAGAUUCUUUACUCAUCAUUAACCAGCUUCGCGAAAAGUUUAGGUGCACCAGCUUUUUGCUCUCCCCAUAUUUGGAUGACGCCCUAGAGCUCCAGGCUCAAUUUGAUGAUGUGGAUUUAGAGCAUAUCCCUCGGGAGCCUAAUUUUGCUGCUAACGAGCGAGCCCAAUUGGCUACUGGCAUCACCUUAAAGUAUGGGGUUCGCGAAAGAAUUUUAAAGGUAGAGCGUCGUACGCUACCAUCGUGGCUUGCGAGGCUUGACCUGCAAGCUGAGCCUACUAUAGCAGCUUUGGAUCCUAUCGAUGUGGACUAG